GAGUAUUUCUGAGAGUGAUAGCUGGCAUUGUUCAUUAUGUCUUUCCACAAACUGUCGGACACUUCGCUGAACUCCCCAUCAGCCCUUGAGGCCAAACGGUCAAAACUGAAUGUAGUCAAGGAGGAGGCCGCAGGGUUUCCUGAGCUAAAGGAGAAAAAAGCCACCGUGGACCAUCUCAAACCCUUUCCUACUUCCUUUAAGAAUGAAUUCAUUCCCGAGGAAGUUCUUCUCUCUCUGAACUCUGCCGCCAAUGCUGGUCCCUGUCCUGAAAACUUACUGCCAAUUAAGAAAGCUAAAGCUGCAAAGGGUGUCCUUCCCCGUCUUCCAGACCAAGUUUGGCACCACCCUCAUCGAAGGAAUAAAGUCAAAUACCUGAUUGAUCAACCUGUCUCCCUAACAGGAGCUGCAAGGGAUAUUUCUUUCCUGUAUAACGUUUCCUAUGUAAAUGGAGAGGCCAGAGAGAAGAAACUUUGUCCCCCAAGUACCAACAGGCCACCGGACAGUGCCAUGGUGCCUCACAAACAGAAGACAUUAGCGGACACUUUGGUUCCUGAAGAAUUUCAUAUUGUGUCAAAUACAGGCGUUGUAGGUUUGGAGUGUUAUGAUGACAAAUACACCACCCUCCUCACAGACAGUGAGAACCGGCUGUUGCUCUUCCCGUCCAUGAAACCUAAUAAAAGAAUAGAAGUGGUCCAGCUGAGUAAUGUGAUGGACGCCAUGCUGGAGAGGGCUGGAGUAGAAAGUGAGGAGCUUGUAGGGCCAACCAAGAUGCACCAAAUACUACACAUAUUGAAGAAGGAACAGACCAUUUACAACACAAUCUUUCAUGAGCUAAUUCGACAAGUCAGUGUGGACUGUGUAGAUAGAGGAGAACUACUGUCAAAAAUCAGACACAAAUAUGUGCAGCUGCUGGACCAGAUCACCCGGCAGAUGAUUGACUUUUACAAGGACUUGGUGACUCAGCGCAUGAUGGACCAGCGUAUCCUAGAAGAGCUGUACAACUUCAAGAAAGUGAUCGAGGAGCUGACCAGGGAACUUUGUCUGGUCCAGGCCAAUGAUAAGAGAUUAACAAUGGAAGCAGAGAGAGCCCAGAAGGACCUGGCAGAAGCUCUUUUGGCAGCAGAAAAGAAUGCCAGAAUAGUAGAAGACUACCAUGACUUAUAUACAUUACAGAGAGGAAGGAUGGAGAAGGAUAUUAAACUGUUAAUGUCAGAAAGAGACAUUUGGAGCUCAGCCACAUAUGAACUGGCUCUAAAGGUAAUUGAAAGAAAUAGAGUCAUAAUGGCUAAAAAACUCUUCCUCAAUGAAAAAGGCUGGAAUAAAUAUGCUAAGCAUUUCAAUAUAAUGCUGUCAACUAAGGACACUGGAGACCUUGAAACACUGCAGAAGUUGACAGAACAAUGGAAAAGGUUUGUGCAUAGGUUUAAGCAGGAUGUGGAAGCCACAGAGAAGACUAUUACAGAUAUAUCCCAAACUGUGAAAGCUGGGAUUCUCAAGUGGCAGCAAUUCUUCAAAAAUAACGUCGGAAAAGAUAUUGUAAUCCCUAAUAAGGCAAAUCCUUUCAAAGCAGUUUUCAUAGAGUUCAAGGAGUUUCACAAGUUGAUGAGUGAGCAGAAAGAGCAGUUUACAGGGAAUGCUCUGGUAUCCAAAUAUGACCAUCUCAAGAUGAUCAAACGCUUACAGGAAAGCUGGACAAAUGUUGCAUUUGGGGUAUUUAGUCGCCAUAAGAAUGCAGAUGGGAUGUUGCCAUCAGAGUACCAAUACAUGGAAGAAAUAAUAAAAGCCACAGGCAACCUUUACAAAGAAUAUGAAAUAAGAAUAAAUGGUGACAAUGGUAUCUCUAAAUUUCUUCCAGUCUUGGUUACUUCUCUGGACACAUGUGUUUACAAGUUUGAAAACCUCCUACAUCAUUAUAAUAUGCCCCAUGAAGAGUGGUCUGAAAUUGACGAAAAAAUCAGUGAAAUGAAGUUGCAACUGGACAUACUGUUAAACAUUAUUAGUGAUGUUGCCCAAUACAUGAAAACGGAUUCUGGCACACCACUCCACGAACAUAUAAAUGACAUGAUUCGACAAUGGCUUUUGAAUCUAAACAGUGAAAUCACCAAUGAUAACACUGAAUUCCUUCGCCGCAUGGAUGACCUCCAUAUAGCUAUGAUCCAGUGGAUGGUAAAUAUGCUGACCAUAAUGCUUCCUGACUUUCAUGACCAAAACACUCUCCCAAAGCUGGAGGAGGAUGAAACUCCUGAGAAACGUGAAGUAAAAAUUGCUGAAUUAGAGUUUAAUGGAAUUUCAUUGGCCAAGCGGUUGGCACGAUACACCGGCUACUUGAACAGUUGCUGCAAAAGCAUGGUAAGAGUCAUGGCUCUGACGAGAGCUGCUCACUUACAGAAGAAUCCUGCUAAGGAUCUUCAGGAACUGGAGAGGAUGAAGAGAGAAUGUUAUGAUUGGAUCAACACAUGUUCAUACCUCCUUUCUGAUAUGAAAGGCAGGAAAAUAUUAUUGCUGACAUUUGAGGAAGCAGAGGAGCUGCUUGGGGAAGAGGAAACUUCAAAAAUGAUUUCUGAUGCAGAAAAACCUUUUAUUGAUGAGGAUCCUGAGGACAAAAUUGAGUUUAAAAGGGUUGUCUCCCAAAUAAAGAAAGAAGAGGCAAAAACACCAGCAGAACCUUCGACAUCUGCACCAAGAUUCAUUAGAUACAUUGGAAAAGAUGAAAAUAUUCAUUGCAAAAUAAUGUUCGAAGAAGAUAUAUUUUCAUCCUGGAGAGACGCAGCUAAACACACUAUAUUGGAGCCAAAGUAUGUUGAAGUAAUGGCUGUCAUCGACAAUAUGCAGGAAAAGCUAAAAGAGACUGACAAGAGAGCCAGAGACGCAGAGGAGAGGUUUGAAGGGGUGAACGAGAAGCUGCAUUACACCCUCAUAAGAAACAAUGAACUGGAGAAGGAACUGGAAGAAAUGUCCAAGAAAGUCAAA